UCUCCCCUAAGGAGGCUUGGCUUCGCGGCGGGUCCCGCCGGCGCGCCGCGGUCGUCAGAGCGCCGCUCCCGCCGGGUUUGCAGCGUUUCGCGUCUCGCCCGUGCGUCCUCUUCUUCCCUCGCGCUGCAGCCACCGUGGCCGCCUCGCUCUCGUCCCUGCUCCGCCUCUCCCGAAGCUGCCCCCGACUCUUUGGGUUUCCUUCUCCCUUUUCUGGCUUUUAACUCUUGCUAAUUCCGUAAGGGAUGGCGCAGCCAACGGGCUUCCCAGGCCAAACAUUUUUUGUUUGCAUGGUGCCUGGUCAACAUAGAAAUGUGGAGUGUCUCGGCUGAAUCCUCUUGCAGACAAGAUCAUUAUGGUCCUGGUAGGUAGGGCAAGUAUCUGGAUGUGAGGUUGAAAAAGUGAUACAUUAGUUGAAGGAAACAAAGCGGAAAGCCUAGAAGGAAAAGAAGAUAUUGUUCUUUAGAUUGAUCUACAUGACCAGCCUAGUUGCUGUAAAAGAAGAAUCCACCAAAGGGAGUGAUUUAAGAUCCACUGCAGGUGUGUUAGCAGCACUGCUUCUGUAACAAAAGACUCACUACAUCUUGGAAGAGAAUGGCCAUUUCCCAGGGGGCAGCCUUUUUCAUGCUGGUAGUGUCCUGUGUUUGCAGCACUGUCUUCCACAGAGACCAGCAGACUUGGUUUGAGGGUGUCUUCCUGUCUUCCAUGUGCCCCAUCAAUGUCAGUGCCAGCACCUUGUAUGGAAUUAUGUUUGAUGCAGGGAGCACUGGAACUCGAAUUCAUGUUUACACCUUUGUGCAGAAAUUACCAGGACAGCUUCCGAUUCUGGAAGGGGAAAUUUUUGAUUCUGUGAAUCCAGGACUUUCUGCUUUUGUAGAUCAGCCUAAGCAGGGUGCUGAGACUGUUCAAGAACUCUUAGAGGUGGCCAAAGACUCAAUCCCUCGAAGUCACUGGAAGAGAACGCCAGUGGUCCUGAGGGCAACAGCGGGACUGCGCUUACUGCCAGAAAAGAAAGCCCAGGCUCUGCUCUUUGAGGUAAAAGAGAUCUUCAAGAAGUCACCUUUCCUGGUACCAGAUGACAGUGUUAGCAUCAUGGAUGGAUCCUAUGAAGGCAUAUUAGCUUGGGUUACUGUGAAUUUUCUGACAGGUCAGCUGCAUGGCCACAGCCAGGAGACUGUGGGGACUCUGGACCUGGGGGGUGCCUCCACCCAAAUCACGUUCCUGCCGCAGUUUGAGAAAACCCUGGAACAAACCCCUAGAGGCUACCUCACUUCCUUUGAGAUGUUUAACAGCACUUAUAAGCUCUAUACACAUAGUUACUUGGGAUUUGGAUUGAAAGCUGCAAGACUGACAACUCUGGGAGCCCUGGAGACAGAAGGAGUUGAUGGACACACUUUCCGAAGUGCCUGUCUACCAAGAUGGUUGGAAGCAGAGUGGAUCUUUGGGGGUGUGAAAUACCAGUAUGGUGGCAACCAAGAAGGGGAGGUGGGCUUUGAGCCCUGCUAUGCUGAAGUGCUGAGGGUGGUCCAAGGAAAACUUCAUCAGCCAGAUGAGGUCCAGAGAAGCUCCUUCUACGCUUUCUCUUACUAUUAUGACCGAGCUGUUGACACAGACAUGAUUGAUUAUGAAAAAGGGGGUGUUUUAAAAGUUGAAGAUUUUGAAAGGAAAGCAAGGGAAGUAUGUGAUAACCUGGAAAACUUCACCUCAGGCAGUCCUUUCCUGUGCAUGGAUCUCAGUUACAUCACAGCCUUGUUGAAGGAAGGCUUUGGCUUUGCAGGCAGUACCGUCUUACAGCUCACAAAGAAAGUGAACAACAUAGAGACAGGCUGGGCCUUGGGGGCCACCUUUCACCUGCUGCAGUCUCUGGGCAUCUCCCACUGAGGCCAAGCCGUUCCUCUGAGGCCUGCAUUUGUCAACAACCUUGUUAAAGGGAGAACGAGAGAGGAGAGGACUCAGUUGUAUUCUGAGCUAGUCUGGGGACAGCCUAGACUGAAGCCCAGCAGCUGAUUUCAUCUGGAGGAAGGGGCUUUUGUAGACAGGUCUUGCCCUUGAGUCUAGAGAUUUGGAUUUAAUUAAUUUUACACCUCAAAUGUGAACUAUUUCCUAACCACUCUUCAUGCACAGCUGGUACCAGAGUCUAAAUCUUUGAGGUUCCUUGUGUGUCACAGAGAGCCAAAAGGAAUAGCUUUGGAAUUUAACCUUGGGGAACCCAGGGAUGGAACCCUGGGAACCAAAGAAGAAUCUCAUUUCAACCCUU